CCCACAUUCCCAUAGUUUGUUGCAGAGUCCAAAGAUUCAAUCGAUAUAAAGAGAGAAAGGUUAAGAGAGCAGAGAGAGUGCGAGAAACAUGGGUGGUUGGGCUAUUGCUGUGCAUGGUGGCGCUGGUGUUGAUCCCAAUCUCCCACUCAAUCGCCAAGAAGAAGCCAAACAACUUCUUACCCGUGUUCUCAAUCUUGGUAUCUCUGCUCUUCGUUCCAAUCUUUCCGCCAUUGAUGUUGUUGAACUUGUGGUGAGGGAAUUGGAAACGGAUCCAGUAUUCAAUUCGGGUCGUGGAUCUGCCUUGACGGAAAAAGGAACGGUUGAAAUGGAGGCUAGCAUUAUGGAUGGCCCAAAAAGACGAUGCGGUGCCGUUUCGGGUUUAACAACCGUCAAAAAUCCCGUUUCACUCGCGCGUUUAGUCAUGGACAAAUCCCCUCAUUCCUAUCUUGCCUUUAACGGUGCUGAAGACUUCGCUAGACAACAGGGUGUGGAGGUUGUGGACAACGAAUACUUUAUCACCCCUGACAAUGUUGGAAUGCUUAAGCUGGCAAAAGAAGCAAAUGCAAUCCUGUUUGAUUACCGAAUCCCUGCAUCUGGAUAUGAAACAUGCGGUUCAGGGAUUGAGAGUCCAAUCCAAAUGAAUGGACUGCCGAUAAGUGUAUACGCACCGGAAACAGUCGGGUGCGUAGUGGUGGACCGUGAAGGGAGGUGCGCGGCCGCCACAUCAACAGGAGGUCUAAUGAACAAAAUGAUUGGACGAAUUGGUGACUCGCCACUGAUAGGAGCCGGGACCUACGCAUGUGACCUUUGUGGUGUAUCAUGCACCGGAGAAGGCGAGGCUAUCAUUCGAGGCACUUUGGCACGUGAGGUGGGUGCUGUUAUGGAAUACAAAGGUCUUGGUCUUCAAGAGGCAGUGGACUUCGUCAUCAAGCAUAGGCUGGAUGAAGGGAAGGCUGGGCUUAUAGCUGUUUCGAAUAAAGGAGAAGUCGCAUAUGGAUUUAACUGCAAUGGCAUGUUUAGGGGAUGUGCUUCUGAGGACGGGUUUAUGGAGGUUGGAAUCUGGGAGUAAAAUGUUGCAAUUGUCGUUGCAAUGCUGACUUAGUGUUUGGUUGAUAUGGAAUUUGUUGGGUCUUUUUAUUUUAUUUUAUUUUCUUUCAUUUGUUUUAAUUUGGGUUUUAGGGUUGGUAGUCAUCACUUUAGUUGUUUCAUUGCAACUUGAGAGUCCUUAUAUUUGAAACAGAGUCCUGUAAUUAUGUAGAGGGAUAAAAAAAUGUGAAAUAAUAAUAGUAAGGUAACUGUUUCUCAUUUAGUAAUAAAAAA